CGACGAUGACGACGAUGGCAGCGCUGCGCGAAGAGAACGAGCGCCUGCGCCGGGCCCUCGCGCAGCAGGAAGACGAGUACGCGACGGCGCUCAAUGAGCAGCGCGAGCUCAAGAUCAAGCAUGCGCAGCUUCUGUACCGGCAGCGGCUGCGCCAGCGACACCCGUCGCUCGUCAUGAAGGAGCACGACACGCCCGAGACGUUUGACUUUCAUCGCCGCGAGAUGCGCAUCAUCUUGCUCGAGGAGGCGUACGAGCACAUGCUGCGCCUCGCAGACAAGGGCGCGACGUGGCUCGACCCCAACUCGGACGACGACGUCGAGCUUUUGGACGAGCAUCAGUCGUUCCACCGAUUGCACCGCCAUUGGCACCGCCACCGCAUGCCGGCCGACCUCGAAGACACGUUUGACGCUGGCGAUGACAACGACGACGACGACCCGACGAUUCCGAUGAACCUCGAAGCCGACUGCUGGAAGGACCUGCUCAACAUGUACGCCAACGGCAACCCGCAAAAGCUCAAAUACCUCACGUCCUGGGUCCGCUACAUCCUCCUUGGCGGCUCGAUUGGCACGCCUGACGCGCAGUUCCGCGCCGGCGUCGAGCUCACGUACCUCUCGAGCGAGCUCAUUGAAGGGUUCUCCAAGAUUCUCAUCCCGGCCAUCCAGCAGUACCGGCCGGACCUCGAAGUCCACGUGCUCACAAAAACCGUCGUGGACCGGAGUCUCCGCAUCGUCGUCAUGCCCCGCAAGAAGCCGCUCUCGCCACCGCCAGCGUCGUAGCGCAGGACGCCGUUUAUUUAAUACUACUUCAAUACUAGGACAGACAA